CGAGCACGGCCGGGCACGAGGCCGCGCCUUGCCAGUGCCGGUCCCUCCCUCGCUCGGCUGGUGCUGGCCUGGAUCCUCCUCUCCGCCACUCCACGCCGCGCCGCGCCGUAAUCUCUCUGCUCCACCUCCGCUGCUCUCGCGUCUCGUCCAGUGGUGGCCGUGGUGGUAGUGGAGUGCCGGCAGAUCCGCCCGCCCGCCCGUACGCGGAUUGCCUUUCGUCUUCGCCCAUUGCUGUUGGUUGGAGAUUGCUGUGGAUUUGCGAGCUGCUUGUAUCCAUGGUUUGAUUAGUUUCUUCUUCCUCUUCUCACGGCGCUCAAGAUCGACGCCAGCAGGACUUGUUGCGGGUUCCACUGAGCCAGCUACUGGGCCACGUAGAUUUAGGAUGGCUAGCACCCGCCACCAUUGCUGAGCUUCUCCAGUAAAGACUGGAUUUUUCUCGCCGCCCCGACCUGUAAGUGCCUCAGUGACAGCUUCGCUUUCUCGCGCGCCAUCUAUUUCUGCGAUUUUCGAUGGUCUUUUAGAGGGAAAUUGUUUGUAGUACUUAUGGCGAACUGCAGUUUUGGCUGUUUCUUCAAACCAAGCGAGUAGGGGGGGAUCCGCUGGCCGGGUUAAAUUUGUACUCCGAACCGACAAUGUCUGCUACUGUAAAUGCUCCACCUUUUAAUGUUUUAAGGAUUGUUGGUGAGGUAUAAUAAUUUGUUGGAUUGGUCUAGGCCUCUAGGGGGGAAUUUGACUUCAAUAAUCUGGCUGCUCGGUUGAUGUUUUCGGUUGUGGAAAUGCAAUCGCUUAAAAUUAAUAAGGGCCCGUCACCCCUCUGAAUGUACAUGGAGACUUGGCAGAGGGCUUUUGGUUGGUCUUCUUCUUGGCGGUUACAAUGUAGCUUUCUCCUGAUUAGCAUGUCAGAAUCAUUAUCUGUUCAAGGAGCAGUUGCAGCAACGCCUUCACAACGACUGGCUCAGCCUAUACCAGGGUUGCAAUCAUGUUAAUUGUUAUCUUUCGCAGAAAGUAGCUAUUUCCAUUUGUUCAUGACAUGUUCUUAUCCUCCACUUGCAGGUGCGCUUGAUGUUCAAAAGAUGUCAUCAAACUCCAGUCUAACCGAAUCUCUACAUGAGAAAACAAUUGUCUUUGGCCUCAAACUUUGGGUUGUGAUUGGGAUUGCUGUUGGAGCGUCCCUCUUGGGUAUUCUUCUCAUUCUUCUCAUAUGCCUCACCAUUCAGAGCUGUAUCAGGAGGUCACGCAAGCCACUCCACGACCGUCCAAUGACCCAGAUACCUCCUCCCUGCAAAGAUAUCAAGGAAGUGAGUAAUGAUUUUGUUGUACAUGAUGGGCUUCUACUCACUAUUCAAAAUGAGCCCGAGCAUGGUGACCUGGUCGAUAGAGAAGCGAUUCAGUUGGCUCAGGAGGAAAAGUUGAAACAAGGAGAAGAGAACAAUCUUUCUGGUUCUUUCCGCAUUACGGAUGGCUGUGAUGGAAUUCAGAUCGCUUCCCUCGAUGAACAAUCUUCAACGCAUGCUACUGUUGACUCUGCGCCAUUAGUGGGCUUACCUGAAUUUUCUUAUCUUGGUUGGGGCCAUUGGUUCACACUUAGAGAUCUAGAGCUUGCAACCAACCGUUUUGCAAAGGAUAAUGUGAUUGGUGAGGGCGGAUAUGGUGUUGUGUAUCGUGGCAGAUUAUCAAAUGGCACUCCAGUUGCUGUCAAGAAAAUCCUUAACAAUUUAGGGCAAGCUGAGAGAGAAUUCAGGGUGGAAGUUGAAGCAAUCGGCCAUGUCCGUCACAAGAAUUUGGUCCGCCUUUUGGGUUACUGUGUUGAGGGUACUCAAAGGAUGCUUGUCUAUGAGUAUGUUAAUAAUGGGAAUCUCGAAAGUUGGCUUCAUGGGGAAUUGUCCCAGUACAGCUCUCUCACUUGGUUGGCUCGCAUGAAAAUUCUUUUGGGCACUGCAAAGGCCCUUUCUUAUUUACAUGAGGCAAUCGAACCAAAAGUUGUUCACCGUGACAUCAAGUCCAGCAAUAUCUUGAUUGAUGACGAGUUUAAUGCCAAAAUAUCAGACUUUGGUUUGGCAAAGAUGCUUGGUGCUGGUAAAAGUCAUAUUGCUACACGAGUUAUGGGUACCUUUGGCUAUGUUGCACCUGAGUAUGCUAACAGUGGACUUCUGAAUGAAAAGAGUGAUGUCUAUAGCUUUGGGGUUGUUCUGUUGGAAGCUAUUACAGGUAGAGAUCCAAUUGACUAUGAGCGUCCUCCAAAUGAGGUAAACCUAGUUGACUGGCUUAAAAUGAUGGUUGCUAACAGACGUUCUGAAGAAGUGGUGGAUCCAAACCUGGAAAGAAGACCUUCAACAAAGGAGCUAAAACGUGCCCUUUUGACAGCCCUGAGGUGUAUCGAUUUGAAUGCCGAGAAGAGACCUAGCAUGGACCAGGUGGUCCGGAUGUUGGAUUCUAACGAACCCAUACCUCAAGAGGAAAGAAGACACCGACAGAACCGAACCCCUGAGAGUUCAGAAACCGAGCCAUUGAGGGGCAAGAACAACAGUGGCAGGAGUGAUGCCCCUGAGCAUGAAGCAAGGCCACCUCGACCUAAGAGUCGAACAUUUUCGUCCAAAUGAUGGAAACAAGAAACGAAAAGAAAAGGCAUACUAGGAGAUACGAUAUAGUCAACUGGAGUGCUGCAUGCAAAGCACACACCGUGGGAAGCAGGAAAUUACAAUACUUAACCAAUUGAUGCAUUUUUCAUUCUUGGCUGCAAUGGUUGAUAAUACAUUUUUGUGUUCCUUGACACACAUGUACAGUGGUGUAUGGUAGUUGAAGGGUGUAUAGUACUAGUAGUUUGUAAAAACUUCAAAACUCGAAAAGAAGAAUGUUUUCCUACCAAAACAAGGAGGGGGGGGGGGGGGG